UGGAGGAGUCUGGCGGAACUCGAGGCGGUGGCGCCAUGGAGUCACUGGAAGAAAAUGGAAGUGUCCAAGUUGGAGAAUUGUUACCUUGCAGGAUUUGUGGAAGAACAUUCUUUCCAGUGGCAUUAAAAAAACAUGGACCUAUUUGCCAGAAAACUGCCACUAAAAAACGGAAGACGUUUGAUUCAAGCAGACAAAGAGCUGAAGGAACUGAUAUUCCAACAGUAAAACCUCUUAAACCUAGGCCCGAACCACCAAAGAAGCCAUCUAAUUGGAGGAGGAAGCAUGAAGAGUUCAUAGCCACCAUAAGAGCAGCUAAAGGCCUUGGUCAGGCCCUUAAAGAGGGUGGCAAACUUCCUCCCCCUCCUCCACCUUCUUAUGAUCCUGAUUAUAUUCAGUGUCCAUAUUGCCAGAGGAGAUUUAAUGAAAAUGCAGCUGAUAGACAUAUAAAUUUCUGUAAAGAACAGGCAGCACGUAUUAGUAAUAAAGGCAAAUUUUCUACCGAUACCAAAGGAAAAUCGACUUCUCGGACACAGUAUAAGCCUCCUGCACUUAAAAAGUCCAGUUCUCCUGGAGCCACCUCAUCAGGAUCUUCACGAUUACCACAGCCAAGUGGCACUAGCAAAACUGUUGUAGGUGUUCCUUCAGGUAAAGUGUCUUCAGUUAGCAGCUCUUUGGGAAGCAAACUUCAGACCUUGUCUCCCUCCCAUAAAGGGAUAGCAGUCCCUCAUGUAGGUAAGAUGGACAAGUUAGGCCCUCCACUUCGAACUGGAAGACAUGUGCAAAGGUUGCAUGACAGUGAUACAAAAUCAGACAGUGCCAUCAAAAGACAUGAGUUAUUACCCAUUUACAAAGCUAACAUCAAACCUCGAAAUUCCACACCACCUAGUUUGGCUAGAAAUCCUGCCUCAGGUAUGCUUACAAGCAAAAGAAAAACAUAUACUGAGAGCUACAUGGCCAGGCCGGAUGGAGACUAUGUCUCCUCACUUAAUGGUGGAAACAUUAAAGGCAUUGAAGGAAACUCAGUGGGACACUUACCAAAAUUCUGCCAUGAGUGUGGGACUAAAUACCCUGUAGAAUGGGCAAAGUUCUGCUGCGAAUGUGGCAUUCGAAGAAUGGUUCUGUGAACAGAAUCCAAACAGAAAAAGAGCUAAGUCCAGAAUUUUAUGACUGUUGCUGCUUUGACAUCUAGAGCACUUCCUCUAGUGAUCUUGUGCUAAAAUCAUUCAUAAUACUUUUUUCAACAGUUUUUGGAGCAUAAUCUUUUGGCUGUGUAAUGUGUGUGUGUAUAUAUGUGUGUGUACAUAUACUGUAUAUAAUAAAUACCUGACAACCUAAACUGUGCCAUACAAGGAGAUGUUCACUUAUCAGUCAGAAAAUAAUUUCAAGUGGAAUCAUUAACUUAGGUAUUACUUUUCUGUUGUUGUUAAAGCACGUUAAGCAUACCUCCACCAACUCUCAAACACUAGUGCUUAGCCCUUUGAGCUUGAGGAUGAUCAUUACUUUGAGCAGAAAAUCAGAAUAAACAUUUUUAUUAUUGGUACCUAUUUUCAGAUAGUAUCAUUUAGGAUGGGAUGCUUGGAAUUUUGGAACUGAAGAGAAUAUUUUUAGUUACACUUAGUUAUGUGAGGUCAUUUUUCUGUAGAGCUCUUUAAUUAUUAAUUUUAUAAAUAUUUUUUAGAAGGAGAGGGGAAAAAACCCCCUAUGGUCUCUGUUGCCCUUUACUCAGUGUAUUAUUGAUUAUAUAAUUUAGAGAUCUUUGCUCAAUUCUUUAAAAUGCAAUUAUGCAAUUUUUUUUUUUGGAGAUACAAGGCUGAAAAUACAGAUGUAUCUCAUUCUAGUUAUAGCUGAAUGAUUUUUUAACUGUGUAUUAGUUGAACAUAUAUUCUUUCUAAUUUCACUUUUUUCCUUUCUUUUCCAUAAACUCAUGUCUGAACAGUAAUUUUAAUUUGCUACUUCAUUUUUGCAAAGUUUGCAUAUUAAUUAUUUAAUAGAAGACGCAAAAAACUCCUUGCAAAAUCUUGCAUUUAUAUCUAUGUACUUGAUUUAGAAGAAAUCAUAUUAAUGGAUUUUAAAACAAACCAUCUCACCUAAUAGACAGUAACUUCCAUAAUUAAUCAUUAGUGCAGGGCAUGCAGGUUUAAAAGGAUUUGAAUUUUAGUCACUUGAAGUAUAGUUAUAUGUAGUUAUGGGUAGGUUAAGAGAACAUCUCAUUUUUCCUGCUCAUACUUCCUUUCUAGUGUUAAACACUGGAUCACCAUUCACAUCAGAAUAAAAAGCCACUGAAAAUGCAUUGCUUUAAUGGAUAGCUGAUUUAUUAUGUAAUUAAACAUUCACAAAAAUGUAAUUAUACUUCCUCUUUAACUUUGACUAAAAUACCGCUUUUAGUCAUUGUCACUUUCAGUGUAACAUAGUAUUUAGUAGUAGACACCUUUGAUUGCUUGUGCAGCCAUAUUCAGUAAUUCAGUAGUAGUUUCUGUCGAAUCAAACCUAACAGAGCCUUGAUCUUAUUAUAAAGGUACAAGCAGAUCUAUAUAGGUAGUUUCUAACUUCUUAUUUAUGAUUCUGAUCAAUUGUAAGGAUCAUUGUAGAAAUUUGUGGCUUAUAAUUUUCUCUGAAAUUUAUUUAUACAUAUACUUUAUAAUUUUAUUCAUUAGUUUUUUUGUUUUGGGUUUUUGUUUUUUUUUUUCCAUUUGGGCAGGGGAUAACUUAGUAGGAAUGGGAAUUAUUUACCUUAUAGUUUCUUUCCUUUCUAUUAAUUUUUUUUCUGGUUGCCUUUAUUCAGUCAUAUUGGUCAAAAGGAAGGGUCAAAAGUCAAAAAAAAUAUUACAGCUUAUUGCAUCAACUAGAAUAAGCUGUAAUAAAUUUAGGAGAAUAAUGUACAUAUUAGGAUUCCAUUUCAAUAGUUUGUUCUUCUGUUCUAAUUAUUAUAAAUCAUAUGAAGAAGAACUUCAAACUCUUGUCUUGAUCUAGAAUUGAGCACUGUCUUCUUUCAAAUAUUUUUAAAGAUCACAUUUUUUGUCUGCCCAAGGAAGGGAUAGGUGAAUGAGCUUAAAGUGGCACAUGUUUGUUUCUCACUGAAUUUUACUGUGGCAAGUAAAUGUUAUAAUGUACUACAUGGAAAUGGGUUGGUAAGAAAUCAUCUAAUUCCAGAACCCAGAGAUUAUUAUAAACAGUAAGUAGGUGAAAUAUAUUUAUGAAUUAUGAACCAUGAUGCAAUGUAUUUAAAUGCAUUUUUAUAUUACUUGCAUAUAUUAUUCUCAUGUUGAUUUGUUGUGCAAUAGUUCAGUUUUUAAGAAAUUUUCCUUGAUCUAUGCAUCACUUAUUUUAUUUUUAUUUAUUUUCACAAGUAUUUUCCAUUGUGGUAGGAUAAAAAUAUGACUGUAAGCAUAAAUUAAAAAUGUAAAAAUUGCUUAUGUAAUAUUCUGAAAGUUAUUAGCUUGGAAAAGUAAGAUUAUUAUGGCUGUUGUUGUCUCUUGU